AAAGUACACAAGAGUCAGGUUUGCACAAAAAAUGAGAAGGAAACCAAUUUUUAGAACAAGAAACGUUAACUCUUCAAUGAGAUAUGUCCACAAUUCAAGAAGAGAUAAACAUGGAAAGAAAUAUCUCAAACACUUAAGGUUCUUUUCGUGGGAUUUCCCAGACAGUGAGUACAAGGGUGUAAUUCACAGAGGUAAUUUUACAAUGUAUGGAAAACUUGCGGGGUGUCACGCUUAACUGGGAAGUGUUGUAUUUACAACACAUUUUACGACUAGCUUGUGCUAUAUGCAACUUGUGUCUAUACUUUAUUUGCAACUGUAAAAUUACCAGUAAAGUUUUUGAAAGUUUUGUCCAAAUUUGCGUGGAAUCUGGGUUGGCGGAAUCAUCUAAAUACUCUGUGAGGGACCGUGAAACACACUUAAAUCAAAACAACAUUGCUUUAUUUAUUAUUCGGAAUCGAAAAGAUGCGAAACAACCUCGGUUAAUCUAACAAACACGAAAUGUGUUGUAGUGAUCACACGAAAUGUGAACACAGCAACCAGACUUGAGAAGAUGCAAACCGGCCACGCUAUCGUCGCGACAGCAUUGCAUUGUUGUUAGACUUGUAAUAAAUGUGUAAUAGUUUUAAUGAUACUUACCUCGUUUAGCUUUAUUUAUGAAAAUAAGACUGAAGAAUUUACGAAACCACGAUUUGAUCACACUUUUGAUUAUUUAAGACUUAAUAAGAGAAUGCGCUUCAACUUCGAGAUCGAGUUUGAGAUAGUGGAAGAUUCCACAAAGCGGGGCAGAAAUAAGUUGGUGGACAGACGUGGUUACACUUACAACGUUAAAAGACGUCAAGGCAGAAACACUGAUUGGCAGUGCACCGUUAGACCGAAGUUCUCCAUAGGGUAAUGUCCGUAGAGUUUCUGUAGUUGAGAGGGCGUCAGGUGAACUUGUCUUGGCUCCCACGCCGCACAAUCACCCGAAGCAGGUGGGCGCAGGCUCAGCAGCCCGGAUUACUAAAAGGACAGAAAAAGGAGGCUGUCGCGAAUUUGUUUAAGCCGCUAUCUGCAGUCGUUAACGAGGUGCUAAUGGAGGAGCAGACAGAUGAUCCCUGUCCCAGUUUGCCAAAGCCGGUAAACCUCGCCAAAGCAGCUAACCAUCUUCGGCAGCGAUUGAGACUAGCAGAUUCUGUAGGUUUCGAGUUUGAAUUCCAGCCCGAAAACAUCCCUGAGAACUUUCUCCGUGGAGAUAUUAAAUAUGUGGCCGUCGUCACCUUAUCUUCGCCACCCAUGCAGCAACAGCUAGAGGUGUUAUGUAGCGCCAAGGCUUGGUAUAUCGACGGUACUUUCAAACUUUGCCGAAACCCCUUUAGCCAGCUACUAACCAUCAACGUGUUCGUGCGAAGUGAUUCCUGUGCGAAGCAGGUGCCGCUCCUGUUUGCGAUCAUGUCAUGGAGAAAGAAAAGCGACUACAAAGCCCUGAUGAAAGCUGUAUUCGAGUUGCUGCUAAGAACACCAUCCGUGAAGCGAACGACACUUCAUUACCGAAGAGCAGUUUAGAGUGUCCUUCGAAAACUCAUGCCGGCAGUGACGAUCCAGGGCUGUUGUUUUCAUAGGAAACAAGCCGGCCUAUGGAGAAAGGUUCAAGAACCUGGCCUACAAUCGUCAUACCAUCACGACCGAGGUACUUACCAAUUGCUUCGCAAGUUCAUGGCCCUACCAUUCCUUCCAGCCGGCGCCAUUCUAGAAGCGUUCUUCAAGCUGAAAAGAAAGGCCAACACAGACCAGCUGAAAGCCUCCGCCAACUACGUAGAACAGAACUGGAUCGUCAUCAACACCUGGCCGCUGUCCUGUUGGAGUGUUUACCUAAGAGCCAUCCGGACAAACAAGGACGUAGAAGGAUGGCACAACGGGCUCAACAGACGAGCGCAGGGAAAAAGUUAGCUUCCCUUGUACAUGCUGACCAGCUGCUUCACGAAGAGAGCCGCCUGACGACCCUCCAAAUCCGAAUGGUUUCGAAGCAUAAACUGUGCAGACUCCCGCGACGAACGUACCGGCAGCUGCAAGCAAAGAUGUUUAGCCUGUGGAUUCAGUACGAGAACGGUGACCGAACGGCGAAGCAGUUGCUGCGAACGGACCGCGAGAUAAUUAACAACCCAACUGUCGAACGAUCUUAUUAGUCUCUUUGAAGGGUUAAAGGUCAUAGUAACAUCAUAGAUACGGAUUGGAUCAAGGGAUCUCCUGGAUUGG